AAGUACCCUUCCUUCCUUAGCGAAGGACUUCCCUAAUCCAUUAUUCCGUAAUGGGGCACCCGGCUCAGAUCUCUACUUAAGUCUUCAGCUCCCAAGUGAGUUUGUGUAGAUACAUGCUUGAUCUACUUCACAUAUAUAUAGUUCUCUAAUCCGCAUCUCUAUCUCCUUUCUCGCACUCAUUGCUCUCAGUCUGCGAUCUUCAAUCGACACGAAGAUAUCAGAUAAUCUAAAGAGAGGUCACGAGACUCAGCUCAUCAUCUGUCAUUCGUCAUGCCUGUUGUCUCCGAACCCACCAUGGGACUACAUCAUGCGGAUAUAUAUGGAUUCUUCUCCAGGAUAUCCUCUCCCUACCUAUUCCUAGGCAUAUUCUUCUUCCUAUGCAUCACAAUCUUCACACGGAGGAAACGAAGCACCGCCACAAAAGUACAAUAUCAUUUCCCACCAAGUCGCGCCUCUACCCCUCUUCCCGAAAAAUCCAAUAUGAAUAUCUUAUACAUGGACAAAAAAGUAAAUCCAGAAGCCAGCGACCCAUCUCAACCCAGAUCCAACAACCAAUCCUCCACAUCCUCCUCCGAUUUCAUCACCUCCCCACCAUCAAUCUCGACCUCACCUCAAACAUUCUCCCGACCACCGCCACCACCCCCCUUCACCCCACCCUCACCCCUAGAACCUCUCCCCUACUCUCCCAUCUACGUAGGAAACCCCGGAUCUCCAUCUACAGAAACCAUCCCUCCACGUCGUCGCUCCUACACCAAGCCACCCAACUCACUCAUCAACACCCCCGCAGUAAGCGGCGAGAUAAUUUCCGGCGAUGGCUGGCGCCGACACACGCGGGUUUUCGGUGGAGGAGUCUGUGAGGCGUGUGCUGAGAGUGAGAGGAGGAUGAGUGCUUGACUAUAUGAGCGGGGGUUGGAGAAUUCGAAUCUGGAGAGUUCGAAAGGGGAUGAGGCGGUGCUUGGAUAGGGUUCUGUUGUUAUUGGGGUGUUUGAGGGUGGAAAAGGUAAGAGGGGGCCGAAGGAAAUUGGGAAGGAGAAAAGUGAAGAGAUGCAGCGCUUGAAGGAAAAUGGUGGAGUGAAUACAUCGGAAUGAGGAUAUGGUGGAAAUCAUGGGAUUGCAUAUGCAUAUUAUUCAACA